AUGCCGGCAGCCUCGCCAGGCACUCUUUCUGCCAGAUGGUGCAAAACGCCAACGCCGCGGAGUGUCCCAUCUGCAAACGUCUCAGGGGCCCUUUCCUGUGUGACCACCUGCAGCGGCAGCUCUUGCGAGGGACGCAUGGCGGUGCCCACCGGCGUCCGCGUUGCUGUGCGCAUCAGGCCGCUCCUGGCACGGGAGGCGGGACAGCGCCAGGGCGUUCGCAGCUAUCCCUCGCAGAGCAAGAUUGUCCUAACUGGCUUGGAUCGUGGCCAGGAGAAAUGCUUCAUAGUAGAUUCGAUCCUGGACAGCCGGCCGCGGAUGGAGAGGAGCAGCGGUGGUCAAACAGGCAGCAGUACGACUUCUAGGGAAAGCUUCCCGAUGGAUGGCUCGCAAGAGGCUGUCUACGAGGCUGUUGGAGCAGAGAUUGUGCGAAAAGCCGUCGAAGGCUACAAUGCCUGCAUGCUGGCCUAUGGCCACACAGGGUCUGGCAAGACCUACACCGUGAUGGGCUCUGAGUUUACCAGAGAUCUGGAGCCAGAUGACCUGUCUCCGCUCCAAUGCGAUGCCAAGCCAGUCAAAGGAACCGGCACGCCUCGCACUUCUGUUCGGGAGAAGGUCAGCGCUUCGCCACUUGAGAAGGGGCCCGCAGACAGCAGCUUUGACAUGGAUGUGGGCUUCGGCUCCGGCCUGGUUCCGCGAACUCUGGAAGCGAUCUUCAACGCGCUGAGCGAGGAGCCCGAUACGGUUUGUGUUGCCUCUUUCUACGAGAUCCACAACGAGCGGAUCCGAGAUCUCCUCGCACCUGCGACGCCGAAAGAAGCACCUGCUUGGCAGGAUGGAGGCAGCGGCGGACAGCCGCGAAACGGCCGCGUGCAUGGCAAGACAACAGUGCAUUUUCAUCCUCGUUUCGGGGCUUUCGUGGCGGGUGUCGAGGAAGUACCGUGUGACGAUGUGCAAGAGGCGCUUCGUCUCGUCAGCUUCGGAUUGCAGGUCAGAACAACUGCCGCCACCAUGCUGAACGAUCGUUCGUCUAGGUCACAUGCAAUUUUUUCUCUGCGAAUGGAGCGGUCUACAUCCAGCAACAGUAUCAUGCUGGUGGAUCUGGCUGGCCGUGAGCAGGAACGGCUCUCCAUGUGUCGCACAGAGCGGUUCAAGGAGUUGACGCUGAUCAAUCGGUCACUGUUCCACUUGGCCCAUUGCGUCCGGGAACUGGCGGCAUCUCAGGUCGGCGCUGGAACUGCCAACAGCGCGCAGCAGCACGGCCGCUUGGCAUGCAAAGGCUUUCUUUUAUGUUGGUAA